AUGUCUCCCAUCCCUCGACCUUUGCCGUAUACAAGGGACACAUAUGCUUACCUCCGAUUUCUACGCAAGCUCCUUUCCUCCUCUUCUCGUACGGUCUCAGUUCGCACCGACGGGCCUCAUAAUCCCCUACACUUCCCUGCCAUAUUCCCCCUACCCCGUCCAUUUAUAAAGCCAAACGAGAAUUCUCAACCCACACCAGCACUACCAACCACCCAAUUCUCCGUCGCCAAUCCUCCCGCAACCCUCAAAUCCCACUUACAUCGACUGUCAACCUGGUGGCCCUCUCAGACAGAUCAUGCAUCGCCGACUAUUAAUGUUGUUGAUGUUCCUCUCGCACCGGGUAAACUGCGGUACGCUACAGCGGGUGCUCCUGGCGAUGAGGAUGACCUCAUACGUGAUGAAGACUAUGUUUCUCUUCCUCCUUCCCCCAAUCCUGGCUCACGCCUGAGGAUUGUCAACACCGGACAGCAUGGAAGCGGUCGCUCUUGUUUCUGCUUCUAA